AUUAUUCCGUCGGCCCAAGCGCUGCACACUGUACAGCCCACACACGGCCCAGAAACAAUGCUCUUCCCCCGUGCCGUGUGCCAGGACGUGUCCACCAAGGAUCAGCGAUCGGUGGAAGGCGUCCGUGCGUGACUCAUCAGGCCGGAGCGAGGUGCGAGACGUCAGUGAUGCAGAUGCACAACAAUCAAUCCAUAAUAGGAAUAUCAGCAGAUGGCGUAUCCCACUAUUUAAACAGCACAACCCCUUUCCUUCCACCUACUCAUCCUUCAGCAGCAUAUCCCCUCUCAUCGCAUUUGUAACAUAUACCUUGCCUAUCCUCGUCCCAUCACAUAUCUAUUGACUUGCUCUGCCAGACACAGCAACAUGUUCUUCACAUACCUCGCCGUUGUAUUCUUUUCUUCUCUGUCUCUUAUACGAGGCUCUCAAGCUGCCCCCGCUGCGCACAAGUCGGAGAUCCUCCAACCCAAAGCAUUCAUCAACCAAGGGACCCACGUCUAUCCCCGGCUUGAAUUUACCACUCGCUUCAGCACAUGUAUCCCUCCCGAUACGGAUGUUCGUAUCAAAUGGGAAGGCGGUAGUGGACAAGGUGUGGAGUUGUACUACAUCCCACAAUGGCCAGGUCAAAUUGAAUAUUUCCCUAACGAUAUCGCCAAAACAAAGUCUCCCCAGUAUGUCUGGCGUACGCCCAAAGUUGGAGAGUACCCCGAGGGCACCACAUUUAUUGUGGGUAUCAACGAUGUCGUGCCCCAUAUUGGAGCCGACUGGUACGACCUCACAGGUUUGUUGAAAUUCGGCUGCAGCAGAUAAUUUUUCUUUUUUUGGAGGUUCCUUCCUUAUUUUCCACGGACAAUUAUUUCAUGUCUAUCAUGUCUGUCAUCGCAAUAAUGUAGUUCGGAAGGACCAUGAGCUUAUAAUGAAUAUUGUAAAAGACAAAGAUCAUCGACUCUAUUCUCCACUAUCCCUCUUUAUUAACCUUCGUUUGGAACUGCGAAGUUGGAACUCCAUAAAUCCGAUGUCCAUUCUAGCUUGUCC